AUGGAAAACCAGCUCUGGUAUGACACCCUGGGGUGCUGCAAUCAAUACCAAGAAAGUCCUCAGGACGCUGAGGACUUCCUGCUUCUGCUGCUGGGUCUCAUCAUUCUUGUCAACAUUGGGAUCAACAUGGCAAUUGUGAUGUGGCAUAGGCUCCAGAAUGCCUUAGACAAGAUGAUCUGUUGGAUUAAUCAGAAAAAUGACACCUUCCAGUCUUGUCAAAACUCCCCCAAAGAUCCAUGUCAGGCCCCAGCCAGGGACAUUCACAUUCACUGCACCCUGGACCCUGUGGACGUGAAAAUGGCCCGGCCCACAAGCUGUUCCUCUUCUCCAUACCAUCUCCGCAACCGCAGCCCUCGCAGCCACCGCCGCCGCCAUCGCCCCUGCAGCCACCAGCAGAGACCAAAGAACCACAGACAAUUCCGCCACGGCUGCCCAGUCUUCUGUGGCCUACGCGGCAGCCACAAGAUGUCACCCCUGCGGCCAGUGCCUUCCUUGGAUCCGGAGGACCAGGACUCCUGCCUGGAGGAUGAGGAUGACCUGUCCUUCCCACAUCCCAAGUACCCACGCGGGGGCUGGGGAGGACUCUAUCCGAGGUUGGGCCUGCCCUCCAACCUGGGGCUGUGGGGCCACCAAGGCGGCAUCCUGGCCAGCCUGCCACCACCCUCUCUCUACAUGUCCCCUGAACUUCGCCGCAUGCCCAAGCGUGUAGAGGCCAAGUCUGAGCUGAGGAUGCGGUCCUACGGGCCCCGUUGCUCACAAUCCCACAUUUGGGGCAAUGUGGAGGCUGAACACUGGACCUCGUCUCUACAACCUCCCCGCCGGCUGCCCCCUAACCCCUCCUGGGUCCCUGGGGGGCACAGCCCUCACCCCUCGAGGGGCCACCUGCUGUAUGACUCCUGGGAGCAGCGGCGGUGUGGUCUAGAGGGCUCUGAGCCCCCACCUGCCCUGGUGCCCCGUAGCCCCACCCGGCCCGAGGCCCAGGGCUACCGGGAUCACUACUCCCCACAGUCCCACCGACAGGGCCUCCCUAGCCACCCUUACAGCCAGCCCAACCGCAGCCCCCACCCAUCUGCAGGACACUUGACUUAUAACUCACGGGAUCCCCAUGAGGUUCGGCGCCGGGCGGCUGAAUGGGCUGAGGCUCUGCCCGCUCGGCAUUUUCUGACCACCUCCAACUCCCUCACUGUGUUGGGCGAGGCCUCAUGCCAGCCUGGCCCAGCUCCUGGCUCAGCGUCACUCCACCGCUCUUCCCAGCCCCUGCCUGUGGUCCAGGCUGCUGAGCCCACCCCGCCCCCGACCACCUUCAUCCCACUUAGCCGGAACCCGGGGGGCAAUGCCAGCUACCAGGUGUACGACAGCCUGGAGCUGAAGAGGCAAGUGCAGGAGAACCGAGUGCGGGCCACCUCAUUGCCACCACCUUCCACCUUAGCCUCAAGGCCCUUUCUGCACAGGAGCCGGGCUGGGAAACUUAGCUGA